AAGCAGCCACCUCGUGGUUGUGUUGAUCGCUGGAGAAGACGUGCCUUCCCUUGUUUUUCAAGUCAAAAUGGUGAAAGAGAAGAAAAAGUAUGAGAGUGGAGCAGCCACAGCAUACAUCUCCAGGAAUAAAGCUUUGAAAAAACUCCAGGUGUCUCUCCCAGACUUCAGGCGCUUAUGUAUUCUGAAAGGAAUCUACCCACAUGAACCAAAACACAAGAAGAAGGUUGGUAAGGGAAGUACAGCCCCAAAGACCUACUACUAUCUCAAAGACAUCCAAUUUCUGGGACAUGAACCUGUUCUUCGUAAAUUCAGAGAAUUUAAGGUCUUUUUGCGAAGGUUAAAAAAGGCGGUUUCAAAGAGGAACGCCGAUGCUGAGGCCAGAAUAAGGUCAAACAGACCCAACUACAAAUUGGACCACAUCGUCAAGGAACGGUACCCCAGUUUCAUUGAUGCUCUGAGAGACCUUGAUGACUGUUUGUCCAUGUGCUUUCUCUUCGCCACAUUUCCCAAGACGAAAAGAACGUACAUCAAUCUGAUCCACUUGUGUCGAAGGUUAUCAGUUGAAUUCAUGCAUUAUGUCAUAGCUGCCAAAGCUCUUCGUAAGGUGUUUAUAUCAAUCAAGGGCAUCUACUAUCAGGCUGAGAUCAUGGGACAAACUCUCACUUGGGUUGUUCCGCAUAAGUUUGGGUUUGAGCCGCCUUCAGAAGUAGAUAACCGUAUUAUGCAGACAUUUGUGGAAUUCUACACGACAAUGCUGGGCUUUGUCAACUUUAAACUCUACACCACACUCAACCUUCACUAUCCACCAAAGCUGUCAUUGGAUAAUGAAGAUGAAGAUGAUACUGAGGGGAAAUGUCUUGAUUCUGAGAAAGUUGAAGAGAGAUUGAGUGCCCUGACACAAACCUUACAGUCUGUAAGUGCGAAUGUACCUGAGGAGGAAGUGGAACUCGAUCAGUUCCCAGCAGCAGAGUCUGACAGUGCAGAAAUGCUGGAGAAAGCCCAGUUGGAAGCUGCCAGUUUGAAAAAGCUUCAGAAUCUGUUCAAAGGUUUCAAGUUUUAUCUGAAUCGAGAAGUUCCACGGGAGAGCUUGGUCUUCAUUAUAAGGACCUUUGGAGGAGAGGUGUCAUGGGACAAAUCAUUGGCUGUUGGCGCCACCUACAAUGAAACUGAUGAGACAAUCACACAUCAUAUCAUUGAUCGUCCCAAACUAAUGACAACUUAUAUGUCCAGGUAUUACAUUCAGCCACAGUGGGUGUUUGACUCCGUGAAUGCAAGAUCUCUGGCUCCGGUAGAGGAGUACUUCCCGGGGGUGGUACUGCCACCUCACCUGUCCCCCUUUGUGGAAGAAGAGGAGGGUGACUAUAUACCCCCAGAGAAACAGGCCUUGUUAAACAAACAGAGGGGCAUAGAUUCAGGUGUAGGAGAGGAUGAUUCUGAGAAUGAGGCUCUGGAGGGUGAAGAGAGUGAAGAUGAAGAGGGUGAAGAUGAAGAGGGGGUCUCAAAUGACGAAGACGAGGAAGAAGAUGAAGACGAUGGUGAUAGUGGAAAUGAACAAUCCAAUCGGAAAGAAAAAUCCAGAAAAAGACAAAAGCCAACACAGCCUGAGGCUAACACUAAAACAAAAAAGAGGAAAAAAUCAGACAAUUCUGAAUCAAAGUCACAAAACACUAGUGUGAUGUCAGUAGAGGAGGGGAUGGUUGAAGAGUCAAAUCCUUACGAAAAAAUGACGCGUCAAGAGAGGGAGGAGAAGAGAUUAGCAGAGAUGAUGAUCCCGAAAAAGAAAAGAAGACUCUACCAGAAAAUCAUGUUCAAGAAAAAGAAGAAGACACAAGAGGCAAGGAUUCUUCAAAAGAAAAGGGAAGACCAUGAUAAGAAGGUGAAAAUGGAGAAAAAGCAACGGGGAAAGCAGGCCUCCUGAUGUGUGAUUGGGCCAGCUUAGACCGGCUAACGGAAGAUAUUGUGGUAUACCUGACGGUGAAGAGACACUUGUUUUGGAAUUUGUUGCCCAGACAGAAGUCCAGAACAACAAUUAUGGAUAGCUGAAAUAAAGAAAUAUAC